UCAUAUUGUUUUGUUUUCACUUCAGUACAGUGAAAAGCUCGUAAGUGUAGUGCUAACUGCUGAGUGUUUCGAAUCGAAUAAAAUUUGGUGCUAUUUAAAGAGCAUCUGUUCAGUGAUUUGUUAAGCGUUAUAAAUUACCAAAAGUGUGGUAGUGUACGGCGUCAAGCAAAUAUCUGUGGACAAUGUUCCAGAACCCAGGAGUGUACCCAGGAGAUCAACAAGGAGGUUACCCGCAGGGCGGUUACCCGCAGGGCGGUUAUCCACAGGGCGGUUACCCACAAGGCGGUUACCCACAAGGCGGUUAUCCACAAGGCGGUUAUCCACAGGGCGGUUACCCACCUCCGCAGCCCGGAUUCCAACCCGCGGGCUAUGGCGGCGCAGGAUAUGGCGAGCCGGGGUACGGUGGUCCCGCCGGUCUGGGCGAGGAUGCGGACGUCAAGGGGUUUGAUUUCAACGAGCAGAGCAUCAGGAAAUCUUUCAUACGAAAGGUGUACUCCAUACUGAUGUGCCAGCUGCUGGUCACUAUGGCGUUCAUCACCCUCUUCUCAUUCCACGAGCCGACUAAGCUGUGGGUGCAGAGGAACACAUACACUUUCUGGAUAGCGUUCGCGGUGAUGUUCGUGUGCCUGAUAGUGAUGUCGUGCUGCGGCGACGUGCGCCGCCAGGCGCCGACCAACUUCAUAUUCCUCGGCCUCUUCACCCUCGCCGAGAGCUUCCUGCUCGGCGUCACCGCCUCCGUCUACGACAGCAAUGCGGUCAUGAUGGCGGUGGGUAUAACAGCGGCGAUCUGUCUCACAUUGACACUGUUCGCUAUGCAAACCAAAUGGGACUUCACGGCGAUGGGGGGCAUUCUACUCUGCGCUACUGUCAUACUGCUGCUGUUUGGUUUGAUUGCGAUUUUCAUACCGAAAAACCAAGUCGUGACGUUGGUAUACGCUUCCCUCGGCGCGCUUCUGUUCUCAGUCUACUUGAUAUACGACACGCAGCUCAUGAUGGGCGGCAAACAUAAAUACAGCAUCUCGCCUGAAGAAUACGUCUUCGCAGCUCUUAACCUGUACCUGGACAUCAUUAAUAUCUUCAUUUACAUUCUAACAAUUAUUGGCGCGGCUAGAGAUUAAAUUGUUCGAAGUUUGAAUUUGUUUUUUUUUUCUGUCGAACGGUUGGUGAGCUAACGUAGCGUGACAAAUGGAGGGCUAGACUGCCAGUGUGUAAUGCUUUACGAAUAUUGAGUAUUCGUUAUCUGUAUUUUAAAGCGCUUAGUAUUAAUGGCCGUUUUUGCUCUGCAUUUGUAAUAGAAUAAAUUCGAAAUUCAAGUUUGUGUAUCUUCUUAGAAGUUUGUUUUAUUUGCUACAUUCCAUAGCUUAGCGUUAGCCUCACUCGACCAGACAAUAAAUGUAAUUUUAAGAGAUUUUUUUUGUUGUUUUUUUGUAGUCUGUGGACUGAUGUUUUUGUUUAAUAUUUCUACUUUUCGAAUAAAUGUACAGAGUAGUGUUGGUACGAAUCUUGUCUAAUCUCUGUAGGUUUUAGUGGGUAUUGCAUUUAUACGGAUAAUGUUUAAAUGCUAAUUUUAGGUUUAACAUCACAUUGGUCUUAUUUAUAGGUUUAUAGUCUAAGAGAUGAAUGUCGAUACUCUAAUCACUUAUGAUAUUAAAUUUAUGUAUAAUUUACAAUUAAAAAACGACUAUAGACCGCUGCUAAAGUAAUUUAUUUCCGUUUAAAAUGUAAUUUUGGUAAAUUUGUACAAAUUUUUUCGUAGCUAACUGUACGAUAGAUACCUGUCCCUACUUAUUAAAGGAUUUUUAAUAUAAUACAAUAGAUUUAUAUAAAGAAAUAAAAGUUUAUUUAUUUAAACAUAUAUUUUCAUUCAUCAUAUGUAAUUAAUUAUGGAGUACAUUGUUAGUCAUUAAAUUUUAUAUACAACUAUAUAGGAGCGUCGAUAGAUGUCGUCAUUUUUCUUGUAAGAUUUAUUUGAGCUAACAGUGUACUCGGAAUUCAGUAGACUAAGAUAAACAUGUUAACAUUGCAUCUUCAAAUAAAUAUUACGGUUACAGU